AGGCCGUUGCUUGCGACGGUCACAGAGAUUCAGUGAAAAUUAUCAGCGUUGGUUCAAUAACAGCCUUUACACUGGACUGUAGAAAGCCUUGUAUUUAAGAACGUAUAUAUUUAUAUAUAUAUAAAAUCCUCAACAAAAGGCAAAGAUGUCAGGCAAAGAGCGGAUCGACAUAUUUCCUUCUAGAAUGGCGCAGACCAUCAUGAAGGCUCGUCUGAAAGGAGCUCAGACCGGACGAAACCUGCUGAAGAAGAAAGCAGAUGCUCUGUCCAUGCGUUUCCGGCAGAUUCUAAGGAAAAUCAUUGAAACUAAGACGCUGAUGGGAGAGGUGAUGAGGGAAGCAGCUUUCUCUUUAGCUGAAGCCAAAUUUGCAGCUGGUGACUUUAGCACUACAGUCAUCCAGAAUGUAAACAAGGCCCAGGUGAAAGUCAGAGCAAAGAAGGACAAUGUUGCAGGUGUGACUCUUCCCGUAUUCGAGCACUACCAGGAAGGAGGAGACAGCUAUGAGCUGACUGGUUUAGCGAGGGGUGGAGAGCAGUUGUCCAGGCUGAAGAGGAACUAUGCUAAAGCUGUGGAGCUGCUGGUGGAGUUAGCCUCCCUGCAGACCUCCUUCGUCACCUUGGAUGAAGCCAUCAAGAUCACUAACCGUCGCGUGAACGCCAUCGAGCACGUGAUUAUUCCAAGGAUCGAGCGAACCCUCACAUACAUCAUCACUGAACUGGAUGAGAGAGAAAGAGAAGAGUUCUACAGGUUGAAGAAGAUUCAGGAGAAGAAGAAGCAGAUGAGGGAGAGGACAGAGAAGGAGAUAGCGCUGCGCCUGGCUGAGCUCGGUCCCAUCACCGAACCAGCCAACAUGGUCGAUAUGGAGAAAGACGAGGAUCUGCUGUUUGAAUGAGUCUGCGUCAGGCUUCAGCACACACUAUUUAUUCCGCGUGCCUACGAGGCCCAGCGUGAUAUAUUUUGUGAAAUCAUCUUUGUUUUGUGUAUAUUUGUUGGUGCUUAUUUUGUUUUCAUUUUGACCUUUUUGGCAGAAAAAUGCAUGUUCACCUUAUAACAGCUAUAUAUGAAAUAUAAAUUAUAAAUAUCUGUACAUUGUUGGUUUACGCUGCUAGCAUUGACUGUCAUUGUUCUCUGUAUGGUUUAUUGUCCCCGUGUGUGUGUGUGUGUGUGUGUGUGUGAUUUAUCAUUGAUGACCGUAUGGAAUUCCCUGAAAUAUCAUUCCAGUUCCCUCAGGAGGAUAUAAGUAGGCUGUUUUAUAUGUAGUACGUACUUGAGUGCAACGUAGAAACCUGAUGUAGUUGGUACUAUAACAUGUCGUACACUCUGGAACCUCCAGACCAUUGAUUAUGUCAGAAACCUUUAUGAUCCCUGUGUGUGUAUCUUCAUACAGCUCAUUGAAUCCCAGUGUCAUCUCACUAUUAAUCCACUGUUAGACAUUUCAGAGUAAUUCCAGUGAUCCUUGCUGUGCUGAAAAUCGUCCAAAAUAUUAUUGUCAUUGUGAAAGUCGUUUGGAAUAAAAGUGGUUGACUUUC